UCACAACCUCUACUUUUCUAUUCUACAGCUUCACAACACUACUGCAACCGCAACCCUACCGACAGCCGCCAACAUGCCUCCAAAGAAGGACGGCCCCGCACCUGAGGCCUGCAUCGCCGGCUACGACAACAAGGAGACCCGGCUUCUUGCCGCGGCCUUCGUGUCCUCUAUCGGCCCCGACAAGUACGACUAUACUCUCUUCGCCAAGCUCUCCGGUUUUACAGAGGGUACUCUUAAGAAGUUCUGGCCGCCUGUAAAGAAGAAGGUGGUCGAGGAGCACCCCAACUUCGGCACGUUCAUCGGUGGAGGUGCUGCUGCCGCCGCGCCCGCUUUCAAAGCCACUACCGGCAAGAAGCGCAACGCUGCCGACGCCGACGCUGAUGCUGAGCUUGAGCCCAAAGCUUCCUCCGCCGACGCCGUCAACAGCAAGGCUUCUGAGGGCGAGGCCAAGAAGACUCCUGCUAAGGGCAAGCGCAGCAAGAAGGUCAAGACUGAGGAGGCCGAAGACGAGGAGAAGGUCAUGGAGGAGGAGAACUCCGCUGAUGGUGGAGACGGCUUAGUCGAGGCUUAGGUGCUGCUCUAUAAGGGCAUCAUCGUGAGUACCUCUAAGGCUGGUUUUGGGGCGUUGGAUCAACUAUCGUGGCAUUGCACUUUGUUUGGUGUAUUCUUACUUCGUUGUCUUCGCUCCUACCGUUUACAUCGCACUUCAUCGCUAUACUUGUUAGUGUUGACUUUGUCAACCUGCAUACGAUGUUCGUUGAGGUGAUGGUUUCUGGAACUGACGGCGACAUGAGCAGAUGCUCAUCACAUCUAGGGGCUCUGUGUAGCUGCCUUGGCGUAGAACACUGAAUGAACAACAAUUGGUCAACUCUUC